AUGGAAGCAAAUGUACCAAGGCAUGUCCUGAAAGGUGUUAGUUUUAAUUCCUACAACUCUAAUGAUAUUUUGGAACUCAGUGUUAAGGAAAUCACUAAUCCUCAGACAUUUGACAGCCUUCUCCAUCCGACUUCAGGAGGCUUGUAUGAUCCAAAGCUAGGUCCUACUGAUCGAGAUGAAAGAUGUCAAACUUGUGGUCUGGGACAGGCGAAAUGUCCAGGACACAUGGGUCACAUCACUUUACCUUUACCCAUGUACAACCCAGUCUUCUUCAAUGUUUUGUAUCAGGUUUUGAAAGGAACUUGCUUUGAGUGUCACAGACUAACAGUCCAUUCUUUAAAGUCUUCUGUACUGGUUCAGAAGUUUCGUCUUUUGGAACAUGGACUUCUGUCAGAAGUGGCAGAUGUUGAUGAAUACAUAACACAUCUCAUCUCAGAAUAUGAUGUUUCUGCGGAGGAGAAAAUAUUGGAAUUGCUGAAUGAAAUGGUGCUAAACAAAAUCAAUAGUACAACAAAGCAAGACAACAACGUGAAGAAUGUAGAGGCUUGCAAGAAUGCUGCAAGAAAAGAGUUUAUCAAGGAAUAUUUUACAGUGAAAGGCAAGUGCGUCCACUGUAAAGCCAAAAGACUGCCUCUAAGGAAAACGCAGAAUGCCAAGAUUAUGCUGUCUACCAUCAUCCCAAAUAAGACAAAAAAAUCUUCUGGGCCCAAAAAGGUAACACAGACAGAAGAUGAUGAAGAGGAGGAGGGUGAUGAGGAGGAUUUGGUCUCAGGUAAACAGGUGUACGUGACCUCAGCUGAUGUCAGGGACCACCUCAGACAGGUGUGGCAGAAGGAUGGGCAGGUCCUCGUGUGUUUAUUUAACUUCCUGUCCAAUUCAGGGGCUGAUUAUCCAACAGAUGCAUUCUUCAUUGAAAUUAUCCCAGUGCCACCUUCCAGAUUUAGACCAGUAUCUUCACUGAAAGACAAGAAAUUUGAGAAUCCGCAGACCAUGAACUUAUGCAAUGUUUUAAAAGGUUCAGCUUUAAUUCGUCAAAUUUUGUCCUUGAAAUUAGUGGAGGACGAAGGAAAGGAAAUGACAGAAAUUGAGCCAACAAUCAUAACAGAGGUCCCGGGAGACACUUUGAACGAGAAGUUACAGAAUGCCUGGGUCAAACUCCAGACAAUGGUCAAUUGUAUUUUAGAUGGAGAUGCAGACAAACUGGCCCAAGACAAACUUAUAGGAGUAAAACAGAUAUUAGAGAAGAAAGAAGGGUUGUUCAGGAAGAAUAUGAUGGGGAAGAGAGUGAACUUUGCUGCACGUUCUGUGAUAUCACCUGAUCCCUGUAUUAGUACAAAUGAAAUAGGAAUUCCUGAAGUUUUUGCCAAAAAGCUGACAUUUCCACAACCAGUCACUCCAUGGAAUGUUCACGAGUUACGACAAGCUGUCAUUAAUGGCCCCAACUGCUACCCAGGGGCCUCGUUGAUAGAAAUGCCUGAUGGAAGCAAAAUGAUUUUAAAUCAUAAAGAGAAAGUUCAAAGAGAGGCUAUUGCUAAGCAACUGUUGACUCCGUUAACUGAUCCCCAGCAGCAAAAUGGCUGUAAAGUGGUCCACCGCCAUUUAUGGAAUGGAGAUGUACUGCUAAUAAAUAGACAGCCCACUCUUCAUAGACCCAGUAUACAGGCCCAUAAAGCAAGAGUUCUGCCAGGGGAGAAGACUCUGCGUUUACACUAUGCCAACUGUAAGGCUUACAAUGCAGACUUUGAUGGAGAUGAGAUGAAUGCCCACUUUCCACAAACUCAACUCGGGAGGGCAGAGGCUUAUACAAUUGCCUGCACAGACUAUCAGUAUCUGGUCCCAAAGGAUGGAACUCCUCUGGCUGGGUUGAUCCAGGAUCACAUGGUCUCAGGUGUGUCUCUAACCAUUAGGGGGAGGUUCUUCAACAGAAAUGAGUACUGCCAACUAGUGUAUAUGGCAUUGGUAGACAAGCGAGGGUCGAUCAAGUUAUUACCACCAUCCAUGAUCAAACCAUGUCCUCUCUGGUCUGGAAAACAGGUUUUAUCAACUCUACUUCACAACAUUAUUCCAAAACACAGAGAAAAGCUCAACCUGACAGGGAAAUCUAAAAUACCUGAAAAGAGUUGGAUACAUCAUCGACAGCGACACCAGAGCAUUGAUAACAUGGGAGAGAGUCAUGUGAUCAUCAGAGGUUCAGAGCUGCUCUGUGGUGUCCUUGACAAGGGUCACUAUGGCAACACUCCCUAUGGACUGGUCCAUUGUUGUUAUGAGCUUUAUGGGGGAGAGGUGGCAGGGAGCCUGCUAUCCUGUCUCGGAAGACUCUUCAUGAAUUUCUUGCAGCAACAUAGGAGUUUUUCAUUGGGAGUGGAAGACAUCUUGGUCACACGUAAAGCCAACCAAAAGAGAAAGAAAGCAAUACAAAAGUCGGGGAAAUGCGGACCAGAGGUCGCGACCCAGGCCCUGGGACUGGAUGAGGGACAGGACGAGGAGACAAUCAGGGAAGCCAUGAUGGAUGCUCAGUUUGACAAGAAUGACAGAAGAUUGAGGGAGCUGGACCUCUGUAUGAAAGGCAAAACUGACAACACACAGAAUGCUAUUGUGGGUGCCUGCAUGCCAAAGGGCCUGGAGAAGCUUUUCCCAGCAAACAACCUUCAGCUGAUGGUACAGUCUGGUGCAAAAGGGUCGUCGGUGAACUGCAUGCAGAUCUCAGGUUUACUUGGACAAAUUGAGUUGGAAGGGAGACGUCCCCCUUUAAUGCUAAGUGGAAAGACUCUCCCUUCUUUUUUACCAUACGAUACCUCCCCUAGGGCUGGGGGUUUUGUGGCUGGUAGGUUUCUGACUGGAAUAAGGCCUCAGGAAUACUUUUUCCAUUGUAUGGCAGGAAGAGAGGGAUUGAUAGACACAGCUGUAAAGACAAGUAGAAGUGGUUAUCUUCAGCGAUGCCUUAUUAAACACUUGGAGGGGGUAAUGGUGAACUAUGACAUGACAGUGAGGGACAGUGAUGGGAGUGUUAUACAGUUUUACUAUGGUGAGGAUGGGUUGGAUGUAUCCAAGUGUGGAUUUUUGUCUCCGAAACAGUUCCCCUUCCUUAUCGACAACAGUAAUGUAGGCAGAACUGGUCAGGCAUGUGAUAAGAAGAUCACCAAGAGGAUGAAAAAGAUUAAGAAGUGGAACAAAUCAAACAGCAAGAGAGAUAGAAGACAUUCAGCCUUCCUGGAAUAUUCUAAAGACAUGGCUGAGGAAGAGGUCCUGGAUCAUACAACUCUGGACAAGAGUGGGAGGAGUAAAGCUGCUGUAGAAAUCAUCACUAGGUGGCGCAGUCUGGGGGAAACGGAGAAAGAGAGAUACAUGAAAUAUGAUGAAAAAGCCCCUGAACCUGUCACAAGUAUGUACAGACCUUUCCAGUACAAUGGAGUACUUCCUGAGAGUUUCCUUCAGAAAAUUCAGGACUACAGUAAAAAUGAACUUCCAAAUCUAGCUUCUUCAGUAACUGAGAAGAACUUUAUGAGGCUGUUGUGUGAUAAGGCAAAGAAGUCUUUCUGUCAGCCAGGAGAAGCCGUGGGACUUCUGUGUGCUCAGUCUAUUGGAGAACCCUCCACUCAGAUGACCUUGAACACAUUUCACUUUGCUGGUCGAGGUGAAAUGAAUGUAACACUGGGUAUUCCUCGUUUAGUGGAGAUAUUAAUGGUGGCUUCACAGAACAUCAAAACCCCAUCAAUGGAGGUGCCCAUCCUUGCCCAAUGUCAGGAUAAAGCCAAAAGUCUGCAGACAAGGUUCAAUAAGGUUGUCUUGUCAGAGGUUUUGGAAAAAGUAACAGUGAAUGAGUAUCUCGCUAUAUGUGAAUUAAGCAAAAGCCAGCGAUCUAGAGUUUUCAAGCUUCGAUUUAAUUUCCUACAGCCUGAGUUUUACAAACGGAGACUACAUGUUACCCCUUCAUCAAUUCUAUAUUUUAUGGAGAAUACCUACAUUAGGAACUUGCUGAACAAAGUAAAGAAGAAAAUCAGUGAUUUACAGAAAGCAAGGUUAGUGAGUAGCGGCCAUGUCAGAACUCAUCACAAUCCUCAUACGAGAGCUCAGGCCUCAGACGAUGAGGAUUCGUCAGAUGUUGAGGAGAAUGACAACACAGCCUCAGAUGUCAAAGAGAGGCAGAAAAAACAGGAGGAGCAGGAAUAUGAAGAGGAAGAAAAGGAGGUGGAGGAAAAGGAUGAGGAAGAGGAAGAUGUAGAGAUGGAUGACAGUAAAAAUGAUGAAGAUGAAGAAGACAUGGGAGACAAUGACAGUUUUAUGUCAUCUGUGAAGAAGGAGUCCAAGGAAAACAGGAUACAGUUUGUACUACAAUCCAGCUCCAACAUAUCUGAUUAUAAAUAUGAUGUGAAGAAAGAGCUUUGGUGUGAAUUUACACUUCAGUUUGGCUUGCUGAACAGUAAGAUAGAUCUCACUUCCUUAAUUGAGGAACAUGCCAAGGAAACAGUCAUCCACUGUGUCCCAGGAAUAAAUAGGUGUCUUCUCAAAGAGGUUAAAGGUCAAGAUCAUCCGGAACUCCAUAUCUGCACAGAAGGAAUCAACAUCCUGGAAAUGUAUACAUACACUGACAUCCUGGAUUUGAAUCGCUUGUACUCCAAUGACAUUCAUGCUAUAGCAGGAACAUAUGGAAUAGAGGCUGCCAAUAAAGUCAUUAUAAAGGAAAUCAAGAAUGUUUUUGCAGCUUAUGGUAUUGAAGUGGAUUACAGACACCUUUCAUUGCUAGCUGAUUACAUGACAUUUGAGGGGACAUAUAAGGCUUUUAAUAGAAGAGCCUUAGAGACUUGUGCAUCAUGCUUACAGCAAAUGAGUUUUGAGACAACCAUGAGUUUCUUAGUUAAAGCCAGUAUGCAGGGUGCUAAUGACAAAUUGAAGUCACCCUCUGCUCAGAUUGUGACUGGUAAACCUGUGUCCUGUGGUUCUGGUACUUUUGAUCUUCUCUACAGACUUAUGUAGAAAGGAAGACAUUUCAAAGAGUAAAGAUUAAUUUCAAAAACCA